GAAGUGCAACUUGUUGCAGGCUAUGGUAACUAGUCAUUUGGUUGUAAGAGGCAGCUAUCGUGGCCUAAGCUUGGUCAUAUAUGGGAAUACAGCAGAAGAUUUAGGUCAGUUUAACAUAGAAGUUGAUCUAGAUAGCUCUUUGACACAUACUGUUAGUGCAAUUGAGGGAGACCUUGAAGACCUUCCCCCUGCACUCUGCCCAACCAAUUUGACAAUUGAGGAAUCUCUAUCUACCUUGAAUAAGUUAUCUUUCAAAGUUGCAAGAGUUGAUAUUCCUGUCGAACACAAGCAGUUUUUACAACUGAUGUUUAAGCUUUUGGAGUCUCAGAAUCUUGGAGCUGCUACAGAUACCGUUAUUAGUUCAAUGCUAUCGGCAGCCCUAGUACAUGCAACUCCUAACUUGUAUUCUACUAUUAUCAAUCAGAAACAUGUUGGGAUGGAUAAAUUCAGAGAUAAUGGAGGAUUUGAUGAUGUCCUUAAUGAAGCUAGAAAGGAACUUAUGGAUGUCUAUAAAAGCUUUAAGCAAGGAGGGUAUUUCCCUGCUGAAUCUUCAACCGAGAAUAUGUCUUUUGAAUCUGAGGCUGAUAUGCCUACUUCCAAACAACUGGUGGACUUGUUGAGCUUAUACUUUAAGUUUGGUAGUAACCAUGAAAUUGCUGCAAAUCCUGUGCGUUCGAAGCAUAAGAGUGCCGUACUGUGGCUUAGUGUAGCUCUUUUGCUGUGCUCUGGUCGAGAGAGCUGCUUUCACUUUGUUAGUAGUGGUGGUAUGGAGAAGCUUGGUCGUGUUCUCAAUCAUGUCAUUCAAAACUCUCUUACUCUUAAGUUGUUGUCACUUGCUGUUGUUGAGCAAGCUACUCGGCACUCAAUUGGCUGUGAAGGAUUCCUUGGCUGGUGGCCUCGGGAAGACGAAAGUGUCCCUCCUGGCACCAGUGAAGGCUACAAUCAGUUACUGAAGUUUUUGUUGCAGAACCAGCGCCAUGAUGUUGCUUCUCUUGCUACUUACAUACUUAAUCGUUUGCGUUUUUAUGAAGUUGCAUCUAGAUAUGAGUGUGCAGUAUUAUCUGUUCUUGGAGGUCUUUCCACGGCAGGUCAUAUUACAAGUGUCACUUUGGACAUGCUUACUGGAGCUAAAUUCCAACUCAAGAAGCUCACUAAAUUAAUAAACUUCCAUGGCCCAAUUGAAGAUCCUUCUCUGGUGGCUCGUGCAAGCAGCACUUUGAUUCCAUGUGAUGUUGGAUCAUUGUCAUAUAAAGCAACUAGCACCUUUAUUAACCAGUCAAAUUGUUGUUUUUCAAAGUGGGACACUGAUCCACAUUUGCUUCUGCUGCUUAAGGAGAGAGGUUUUCUCCCUUUGUCUGCAGCUUUUCUUUCGUGUUCUAUAUUACGUACAGAGACAGGGCGUGUAGUGGACUUGUUUAUGGAUAUUGUGUCAUACAUUGAGGCAAUUAUUCUUUCACUCCUCUUCAGCCGCUCAGGGUUGACUUUUCUUCUAUGUGAUCCUGAAGUGUCAACUACAGUAAUUCGUGGCCUAAGGGGUACAGAUGAUUGGAAUAAGGAAGAAUCGGCUUCUUUACGCUAUGCAUCCGCCUUGAUAUCUAGGGGAUUCUUUUGUCAUCCACAGGAAGUUGGAAUUAUCGUUGAGACACAUUUGAAGGCUAUUGUUGCUAUAGAUCAUUUAAUCACAUCUACCCCAAACACUGAAGAAUUUCUGUGGAUAUUGUGGGAGCUAUGCGGUCUUUCUCGGUCUGAUUGUGGACGCCAGGCUUUGUUGGCUUUGAUACAUUUUCCAGAGGCUCUAUCAGUUUUGACGGCUGCAUUACAUUCUUUAAAGGAGUUGGAUCCAGUUUCCAUGAAUUCUGGAUCUUCACCAUUAAAUGUCGCAAUCUUCCAUGCUGCCGCAGAGAUUUUUGAAGUCAUUGUUACUGAUUCAACUUCAUCUUCCUUGGGUUCUUGGAUUGACCAGGCUAAUGAACUUCAUCGGGUGUUACACUCCUCUUCUCCUGGGUCCAAUAGAAAAGAUGCUCCUGCAAGGCUUCUGGAAUGGAUUGAUGCUGGUGUAGUAUACCACAGAAAUGGAUUUAUUGGGCUUCUGCGUUAUGUUGCUUUGUUAGCUUCUGGAGGAGAUGCACAUAUGGCGUCAACAAGCAUUUUUGGAUCUGAUAUGAUGGAUGUAGAAAAUGUUGUCGGAGAAGCUCCUUGUAGUUCUGAUGGUAACGUCAUUGAUAACCUUCUGGGAAAACGCAUAACUGAUAAGGACUUUCCUGGUGUCGUACUUCGUGACUCUUCUAUCGUUCAGCUGACUACAGCAUUCCGGAUUCUGGCAUUCAUUUCAGAUAAUUCGGCUAUUUCUGCUGUACUUUAUGAUGAAGGCGCUGUAAUGGUUAUCCAUGCUGUUUUAAUUAACUGUAAAGUCUUGCUGGAGAGGUCCUCCAACAUUUAUGAUUACCUUGUAGAUGAAGGUACUGAAUGCAAUUCAACUUCAGAUUUAUUGCUGGAACGCAACCGUGAACAAAGCAUUGUUGAUCUUUUGAUACCUUCUUUGGUACUGCUGAUUAAUUUGCUGCAGAAAUUGCAGGAAGCAAAGGAGCAGCACAGGAAUACAAAACUAAUUAAUGCACUUCUACAGUUGCAUCGAGAAGUGAGUCCGAGAUUGGCUGCGUGUGCAUUCGACCUGUCCUCUCCUUAUCCGGAAGCCCUUGGGUUGGAAGCUGUUUGCCAUCUUAUUGUGUCAGCUCUAGCCUGUUGGCCUGUGUAUGGUUGGACUCCUGGCUUAUUCCUCUUCCUACUUGACAAUCUUCAUUCAACUUCAUCACUGGCGCUUGGUCCCAAGGAAGUUUGUAGUUUGUUUUGCUUAUUGAAUGAUCUAUUUCCCGAGGAAGGUGUCUGGCUGUGGAAGAAUGGGAUCCCAAUGUCAAGUCUCCUCAGAGCAUUUGCUGUGGGAACAUUGUUAGGACGUGAGAAGGAGAGACAGAUCGAUUGGUACUUACAGGCUGGAGUAUCUGAAAAGCUGCUAAGUCAGUUGACGCCACAGCUUGACAAAGUUGCGCAGGUUAUCCUGCAUUGUGCAAUCAGUACAUUGGUUGUAAUUCAAGACAUGAUUCGGGUCUUCAUUAUUCGUAUUGCCUGCCAUGGCACUGAUAAUGCUUCAGUUCUUUUGCGGCCUAUGAUAUCUUGGAUAUCUAAUCAACUUUCUGGACCAUUGGCAGUUGCAGACACUGAUUCAUACAAGGUUUACAGAUUGCUUGAUUUUCUUGCUCUUUUAUUGGAACAUCCACGUGCAAAGCCAUUGUUGCUGAGGGAGGGUGGCAUUCAGAUGUUCGUCAAAGUGCUUGAGAGGUGUAAUGUAGCUGCUACCUCAGAUGCCAAGCAGUUUCCAGAAGUCAGACAUGUAGCUAGAAAUGAAUUUUCAGGAGAGCCUCCAAGGAGUCAGGGGGUCUGCACAGUUGAGUCCUUGGAUUUGUUCUCUUCUGAAGAUGGCCGACUCUCCGAGUCAGAUUGCCGGACCUCUUCAAUCAUCCUAACUACUGCAUCCAUGUUUGGUCGCAUGUCUGGCACCUUGGCAACACAUGCCAUGGCUAUUUGCAGCAUCUGCACCAUUUCUUCUUCAAUAUUUUGGAACCUUGGAUUUGGGUGGAGGGUUUUCUUCAAUUUUUCUUAG